AUGAAAUUACGUGUUCUUUCAUUGAAUAUUUGGGGUGUACAUUUUAUGGCGAAAUUAAUCGAUAAACGUAUUCAAGCACUAAUUAAUCAUUUGAAUAGUCCUGAAGCCGACUAUGAUAUUAUUGGGUUACAAGAAGUAUGGAGCAAAAGAGAUUAUAUCUAUAUCCAAAAUCAAAUUAAAUCUAUUUAUUCGCAUAGUUACUAUUUUUUAAGUGGCGUCAUUGGUUCAGGUUGUUGCAUUUUUUCAAAAUAUCCCAUUAUAGGUGUUUAUGAACAUCGAUAUAGUUUAAAUGGGUUUCCACAUAAAAUCCAACAUGGAGAUUAUUUUGCUGGUAAAUUAAUUGGUCUAUGUAAAAUUUUAAUAAAUGGUCAUGUAGUAAAUGUAUAUAAUACACAUUUACAUGCUAAUUAUCAUCAUGUUAUACCGAAAGAUAUUUAUUUGGGACAUCGUGUAUGUCAAGCAUAUGAAUUAAUUCAAUUUAUUGAAAGUACAUCAGCAGCAGAUACAACACAUUUAACAAUUCUUCUAGGUGAUUUAAAUUUAAGAACAGAAGAUUUAGGUUUUCAACUUAUUCGAGGUAUUCUUCAAUUGCAUGAUUCGUUUCUUGAACGAAUUAAUAAGGAUAUCUAUGAUCCAACUGUAGGCAAUAACGGUUUAACAUGUGAUCUACUUGAUAAUCCAUAUGUUACUCCAUAUCAAUUACAAGGUGAAGGUGAACGCAUCGAUUAUAUACUUUAUCGAGCACGAAAUGAUAAUGUAAAAUGUCUUGAAGCUUAUCCGACAUUACAUAAAGUUCCGAAUGACUCAAAUGGACUUUACUAUUCUGAUCAUUUAGCAGUCUAUGCUUUAUUUGAAAUCGAUGAAAAAGCACCAGAGAAAAAGGUGAAACAUCUUGAAGAUGUUGAAAUAGUUGAUGAAGAAACACGAGCAUUACUUAGUUCAGCUUGUGUUAUUGUUGAAGGAACAAUUCAACGUCUCCAACGCGAACGAAUAUUUUUUGCUCUUGGCAUAUUUAUUCUUAUUUUCAUUUUAUUUUCAUUAAAUGGCAAUUCAUUAUCAAACAGUUAUUUAUAUACAAUAUUUAUAAUUUUUAAGGAUAUUCUUUGUAUCAUUGGUACAGCAAUAUGCAUUUGGUUUAUUUGCUUUGGUAAACCUGUCGAACGGAAUGCUUUAAGUGCAGUGCAAAAUGCAAUGCGGUUACGAUUAAGAGUAGCACAAUUCUCAUACUAG